AUGUCUCUGGAACUAUUUUUUUUCACACGUGCCAUCUUGAGCAACCCAGACCUUCUCUCAAAAACACCCUGGGUCCGUCUUCUAGAAAACGACUUUUGGGGAACUCCACUCAGCGACAGCGGUUCUCAUGGAUCAUACCGCCCACUGUGCGUGCUGACGUUCCGUCUAAACUACCUUCUGGGAGGUUUCCAGCCAUGGGGCUACCACCUAGUCAACGUGCUCCUGCAUUGCCUGGCCACGGUUCUCCUCAUCCGAGUGGCCAGACUCAUUCUACCAAAAGCGAAAUCAUCAGUUGGCUCGAUGGUAACAGGCCUGGUAUUUGCUACUCAUCCCAUUCAUACCGAAGCUGUGGCAGGAGUAGUAGGUCGAGCGGAUUUAGCAGCCUGCAACUUUUAUUUUUUAUCUUUACUGGCCUACGUUGCACAUGUUAGAUGUAGAGAAACACAGUACUGUCACCGAUUCUGCAAGAAAAGUUCUGUGAUAAAGUCAGAUUCGAAGCAGUAUCAAAAGAUUGUAUACGCGUUACAUAAAAGUGUAACCAGCUGCAACUGGCCUAAAAGACAGUUGAGAGAUUUAGAAAAUACUGAACUCUCUUCUGUUAGUGUUGUUAUGAAGAAACGGGAUAAUGUCCGUUCGUGUUGUUGGAAGAAUAAUUUAAAACUGUGGAUUUAUUUGGUGCUGUGUUUGCUUUUGGCCAUCGCUGCUAUGUUGAGUAAGGAGACUGGAAUAACCGUACUGGGAAUUUGUUUUGUAUAUGAUUUGGUGUACUGCAUACCUAGCAGCAAGAAACAAGCUCGGAGUUUAUUGAUUCUCGCCUCAGCUCUGUCAAUCAUACUUGCUGCCAGAUUGCAGUCCCGCACACCCCAUUUCUCCAGUGCAGACAACCCAACAGCCAGAGAAACCGAAUUGGUAACACGAUUUUUCACGUUUUGCUAUUUACCUGUGUUCAAUUUUUGGCUGCUCAUAUUCCCCAAUCACCUUAGCUUCGAUUGGGGAAUGGAAGCCCUACCGAGGAUAACGACGAUAAGAGACAGCAGAAACGUUAUAAGUCUAGUGUUUUAUUAUGGUUUGGCUCAUAUCUUAAGAAAGAGCUUAAGCAGAAUUCGAAAGAAAGAUAGAAGAGGAGUGAGAAAUAAAGAAGACAAUAAUUGUUGUACCGUUUGCCACAUAAACUGCUCAGAUGUACAUUCCUCUUCGUGUAGAACCAGCAAUAACAACAACACUACGAACUUCUCUUCGUCUUUAUGUGUUUGCUAUAAUUUUUGCAGACCACUAGUGGUUUUGAGAACGGAGAAGAAGCAGCAUAAUUCAAAUUCUGCUAUCGUCCUCUCGUUCGCGUUUCUGGCUCUUCCUUUUCUUCCAGCAACUAACAUUUUGUUUUAUGUCGGGUUCGUGGUUGCUGAAAGAGUGUUGUAUCUUCCAAGUGCCGGGUUAUGCCUGUUGUUAGGAUUAGCCAGUGGAACUCUCUGGGAAUGUUAUAAAAGACAAAGACCUCUUUUUUUGUGCGGAUUAGUGUUAGUAUCAGUGGCGUUUAGUGCAAAGACUGUUUUUAGGAAUAAAGACUGGCAUAGUGAGGAGGCUUUGUACAGAUCAGCCAUUCCUAUUAAUCCUCCAAAAGCUUAUGGAAAUCUCGGAAGCGUCCUUAGUAGUCAAGGACGAGUAGACGAAGCCGAAACGGCAUUUCGAAAAGCUCUUCAGUACAGACCCAACAUGGCGGACGUGCAUUAUAAUUUGUGAGUAGCCUUUUGUUGUUUAGCAACGCAAAUUUCAUUAUAAUUGCGACCGGUCGCUGUAUACUACGUUUUCUCCGACAGGAGAUUAAUGG